UGUCACUCAUGGUUCGCCAUUUAUACAGUGGGUGUGUUCCGAGGGGGUGCAUCUACAAUGUCUAGUAGAUGGUAUUUGCUUCGCGUUCUUUGUUCGUGAGCCCUUUUUUGUAAUAGUGCUUUGUUAAUUUCAAUAAGUUUUUUUCGACAAUAACUAGUUAAGUAUUGAAAAGAGUGUAUUUCAUGACAAACGAUCACUUCACUGUUGGCCUUUUAUCAAUGAAUCGCUUCUGCGCGUGAUAAGUCUUUCGAAAUACAUUUUCUGCAAACAUGGCUCAGUCGGUGAAUUGCAGCUUGGAUGAUAUCGACCUAAAUGCUUUAAAGGAUCCAGCUGGUAUCUUUGACUUGAUAGAAGUGGUUGGCAAUGGCACCUAUGGACAAGUCUAUAAAGGUCGUCACACGAAGACUGGUCAGCUGGCUGCCAUUAAGGUUAUGGAUGUGACUGAGGAUGAAGAAGAUGAAAUCAAGCUCGAGAUCAAUGUGCUGAAAAAGUACUCGCACCACCGCAACAUCGCCACAUACUACGGGGCGUUCAUCAAGAAGUCACCGCCUGGCAAGGACGACCAGCUGUGGCUUGUCAUGGAGUACUGCGGGGCUGGCUCUGUUACAGAUCUCGUCAAGUCGACCAAAGGACAAAGUCUGAAGGAAGAUUGCAUUGCGUAUAUUUGCCGUGAGAUUCUGCGCGGCUUAUCCCAUCUGCACAACAGCAAAGUCAUCCACAGAGACAUUAAAGGCCAGAAUGUCCUCCUCACCGACAAUGCUGAGGUCAAAUUGGUUGACUUCGGCGUGAGUGCUCAGCUGGACCGCACGAUAGGACGUCGCAAUACCUUCAUAGGCACGCCGUACUGGAUGGCUCCUGAAGUUAUUGCUUGUGAUGAAAACCCUGAUGCCACCUACGACAACAGAAGCGACCUCUGGAGUCUUGGCAUCACGGCGCUGGAGAUGGCAGAGUCUCAGCCGCCGCUGUGCGACCUGCACCCCAUGCGCGCUCUCUUCCUCAUCCCGCGCAACCCGCCCCCGCGCUUCAAAAAUGCCAAAAAAUGGAGUAAAAAAUUCCACUCGUUCAUCGAUAGCAUCUUGGUCAAGGAUUAUCAUCAGCGGCCGUAUACGGACAACCUCCUGAAGCACCCCUUUGUGCGCGACCAGCCCACAGAGCGCCAGGUCCGCAUUCAGCUCAAGGAUCAUAUUGAUCGCUACAAGAAGCAUAAGAUGAAAGAUCGCGAGGAAUCUUUCAACUACAACAGCGGCUCUGACAACGACGAGGAGGAGAUGCGACCCAGCGGCGAGCCCUCGUCCAUUGUCCAGGCCCCGUCCGGCGACACCCUCAGACGGAACUUCCACCAGAUACAGGAGCAUAAAGCACAGCAACAACAAGCAGCAGCAGCGGCAGCAGCAGCAGCUGCGGCGGCUGCAGCAGCUGCAGCUCCCCCUGCCUCAGCGAUGGGAGGACAGCGCAACGGCAUCAGCAAGCGUGACAAGAACGACAAGAAUAACGCAGAAGAUAUUCCUGAACCUGGGCCUCCUGCCAGACCAUCGCUGCCUUCACGACUCAUGGAAAGCGGGAGCGCAAGUAACAGUAACGGCGUAGCGGCGCCACAACGUCCUCUGCCUCCCCCGCCUCAGUCCCGGGAGAACAAGCCCGCCACACCGCCCCAGCAGCCUCACCACCACCGCGACCACAUCAGAGACCGUGAUCGGGACCAUCGUAAUUCACAUCAACAACACCACAAACAGCAACAGCCUCGUAAACCUGAGGACUUGGACAUGCUGGCGCACCAGCUGAACCAGCUGGGCGGCGGGCACCCCGCACCACCGGACCCGCCGUCCGCCGCCGCCGGUCUCCAGCCGCCGCCAUCGCAGCAAAUUAUUGAAGACGACAGCAGCGAUGAUGACGAUGAUGGCCGCGUCGCCAACGACGGCACGUUGCUCGCCUCGGACCCGCCCAAGCCGCUGCCAGCCGAGGGCGCCUUCCCUCACACAGCCUUGCAAGGCCCGGCGCCCAACAGACCGUUGCCCCCGACGCCCGACGAGGAGGACGCCAACAGGACGCUGGUCAUGAGGAGGCGGCAACAACAGCGACAAAAACAACAGCAACAAAAGCAACCACAACAGCAUGCCUCAUCAAGCAGUAGUUCUUCGAACGGUUCUUCUGGCUCCUCCCCCCUGAACUCUAACGUUAAUAAAAGCGCUGAUAUUCAAGGCCCAGGUCGCGGCCACCUGUUCGCCGCUGGCGUGCGUAGAAGAGAUCUUGUCAAACAAUCUUCUGACGCGCCUAAAAGAAAUGAUCACAAGAAUUCGGCCGUCAACGGCGGUGUUGAAAAUAAUAAUAAAGUUGCGGCUGUGAAAAGUAGCCACGCAGUUCGACGACCUCUGGAAACAGCUGCAAGUUAUGGUGGGGCUGGGACUGGUGCAGCAACGGGAGGUGCGAAAAUGCGGAGUAACAGUGACAGCAGCUUCGAUAUUGCUCGACUUAGCAACGCGAGCUUCCAGGACUGCAGUAAUAACGCUAGUCGUCUCAGCAAAAUAACUUCUACUGACGUGUGGCUGUUGAACAACAACAACAGCAGCCAGGAAGAGAGCAGCCCUCGGUCCAUUGCAGGGCCUUCCGCCCCCCCGCUCAGCAAGACUCCUUCGGACGCUUCGAUUAGUAGGAGCGACCAGCACCAGGCCACGGCACUCGGUCCUGCGCCAAUGCAGGCGAGCCGAGAUCAGACGGAGCAGCACUUGUCCCAGCUGUGCCAAAAUUCGCCUCUUCCAAUCCGCAGUUCACCGCCAGAAAUGAGUCGUAACUCAUCGACCGCGAACCAAAACUUGAAUUAUUUGGGCCAAGAUUCUCCCCAACCAAGUGCACGUUUCCAGCCUGGCAAUGAUUCUCCCCACAUUAGCCACAACUCAUCACACAUGAAUCAAGAGAGUGCAGGAUUCUUGAUGAACGGCAGCGAAGUAAGUGGUAAUGUGGCUCAUCGCCGCAACGAGUCCGACUCGCGUGUCGGGCUGUUGCGCCGACAACACACGGACAUCCCGCUGGCUCGUCGGUCUCACCUCUUCGGCGGCCGUGGAGCUGGACCCCGGGACGAAAACCAAGUGGUGCUCACUAAUUUUGUGACCAAGGGGGAUAACUCAAAACAUUCCUUGAGGAGACAAAGUUCCCUAGACAGCGACUUGCACCUCUCGUCUGCCGGAGAUUCAGAUUGUGUUCCUUUGGUUGCGAGGGCGCCGCACUCCCCACACGCCUCCCACCAGGACCGACGCAGCGGCGGGGUGGAUUCAUCACCCGUGAGCGGGGGCGCCUUGGCGACGCCUGGCUCCCGCACCAGCUCCGUGCUGCCUGACCUCCUGCCUCAGUCUGCCGUUGCUUCAAGACGAGUCGAUCUCCAGUCUUCACAAUCAAAACGCCCGCCUGCGUGUCAACGAUCAACUUCCGAAAUAUCACCUGCACCGAGUCAACAUUUAUUGCCAUCUCGAGUCCGAAACUCGGCUAAUGAAAACCAAUCUAUACACGUCUCGCGGGUGUCACCGAACUUUAGGCGGCAGACUGUAUCUGCCACACCGCCUCUGGCAACUCCUCUCAAGAAAAAAGGAAUUUUCUCAGGCUUCAGAAGUUCCGGCAAAGCGUCUCAAGCAAAGCUUCCUCCUCCCUUCGCAUUUAGGAGGGAAAAUACAGCUCCAAAUAUGUUCAUUUCGCAAGGAAAUAAUAUUUCGCCUUCUCCUGCUGCCACUGAAAUAUCGCCACAAAUUGGUCGCAGUCCUUCCUUUAGCUACCUUAAGAGCCCUCCUCCCAGCCCCUCCCGCCGGACCGAUAACUUCAGCUCAAACGUAACGUUGAGAGCUGAAGAAGUUUAUACAGCUUCGCAGUAUGCCGUGCCCGUCAACAAGGCGACUAACGGCCCCAACGCUGCACGACUGGACAAGUCUACCAGCGAAGAGUACCGGCAGGCCGUAAGCCCACGCCCCGUUUACCUGCACGAGCAGAACAAGCAGCGCACGUUCCUGGCCUUCGGGUUCGGGGCGGGCAACGGGGCGAGCGGCAGCGGUCCGAUGCCCGGUGUAGCAGCGCCCAGUACACCGGGCAGCGUCCAGCAGCCCGGCCGCCGGGACUCGCAUAUCAACAUCAACGUUGCGCCCACGGCGCACGACAUGAGCGAUACGCCCGAGAUUAGGAAGUACAAGAAGAGGUUUAGCUCGGAAAUAUUGUGCGCCUCACUUUGGGGUGUGAACCUGCUGAUCGGCACAGAGGCAGGACUCAUGCUGCUCGACCGGUCUGGCGUGGGCAAGGUUUACCAGUUGAUCUCGCGACGCCGGUUCCAGCAGAUGGAGGUGCUCUCUGACCAGAACAUCCUCGUCACCAUCAGCGGCAAGAAGAACAGAGUCCGGGUCUAUUAUCUCUCGUGGCUCAAGGCGAAAAUUCUCCGCACCGACGCUCAAGUGGAGCGUCGAAACGGCUGGAUCAACGUCGGAGAUCUGAACGGCGCCGUGCAUUUCAAAAUUGUCAAGUAUGAGAGGAUCAAAUUCUUGGUUAUCGCUCUUAGGGACUCCAUAGAAAUCUACGCGUGGGCGCCAAAACCUUAUCUCAAGUUCAUGGCCUUCAAGAGCUUCGCGGAGUUGACCCAACGUCCCCUGCUGGUAGACCUGACUGUGGAGGAAGGGUCUCGCCUCAAAGUGGUCUAUGGCUCCAGUCAGGGCUUCCAUGCUAUCGACGUCGACUCGGGAGAACUCUAUGAUAUCUACAGACCUAAGCAUAUCCAGGGAGGCAUCAGCCCCCACACCAUCGUGACGAUGCCCAACAGCAACGGCCUGCAGCUGCUCAUCUGCUACGACAACGAGGGUGUCUACGUCAACACUUAUGGCAAGAUGACGAAGAACAUGAUGCUGCAGUGGGGCGAGAUGCCCACCAGCGUUGCGUUCAUAGGCACAGGGCAGAUCAUGGGCUGGGGCAACAAGGCUAUCGAGAUCCGAUCUGUGGAAACAGGACAUCUCGACGGCGUCUUCAUGCACAAAAAAGCUCAAAAAUUGAAGUUUCUUUGUGAACGCAACGAUAAGGUGUUCUUCUCGUCUGCCAAAGGCGGCUCUUCGUGCCAGAUCUACUUCAUGACUCUCAACAAGCCGGGAAUGGCAAACUGGUAGUGACGCCUUCGGUCCAGAGGAGCGUCUCGGCAGUGUGUGUGUGCAGUGUAUCAGUGAAUUCGUUUGAUGUGAGCUACAGGGCAUGUCAAGUCGAUCUUCCUGUUACUUUCCGAUUCAUAAGGUGUUGAAUGUUGGGUGAAUAUUAAUUAGGAUUUUUAGACCAACUAUUUCCCUUAUCCCAGCUGCAGGGUGGCCUCCAUGUAUUCUAGUUUAAACCAUAUAAUCUCCAUGAUGCGCUCACAAAAAUAAUUAUAGAUGAACCAUGAAGCGAGCUCAGCGGCAUUUCUUCAUGAUUAAGCGAAGCAAUUCUGUGAGGAGCAAGUUUUCGUGGCAGGCCCUAAGGAAGAUGAAGGAUUUGUUCCUCGAGUUUGGCUCCUUUUUGUCUGUUCAGAAAGCGCUAUGUUUCAUUAAACACGUCGAGCUUCCGCAGCCACAUUACAGAUCGGUAUCGCUACAUCUGCCCUCGUCUGGCAUUUGAGCUUAUUUUUUUCAUGUACUGCAACGUCUAUUUUGCUCAAGUGCGAGCCCGUCUAUGGAGCUCGCUCAACUGCAAGAACAAAGACUUCGGUGCUUCUAAUACUUUUCUCCAUAGCGGAUUGCCAAAUUGUUGUGGAAUAUUGCAAGUAGAGUAUUUUGAUUUGGAGUUACGGGCAACCAGUCACUGUGGUUUUUUCCUUGUCUCUCGCUGUGCUUUAGUCUACGCCAGCGGACUGAUUUCGCUUCGAUUUAAUUCAUGCAACAUGAUUUUAACGAGCCCUAUCACCAAUCGCCUUGUAAUAAUCAGAGGUAGUCUAUAUCAUCUCGCAUUGAUUAAAUGACUUCUGGCUCGUCGUCUCAGGUUUAAUAAGAGAGUUAAUUUUCGUAGCUCCACAGUUCUAUAUGUUAUGCUUUGUCAUGACGUUCUUUCUGAGUGUCCCGAUUACGUACUUGACUUGCAAUUUGACAGAUUCGUUGCAUCUCGUUAGCCGUAGUUUUUCUGGGAUAUACAUUUUAUUCAUUCAAUAUGUAUUACAAUCAUUUCUCUUCCUAUUCCUAUUUCUCUCUUCCUAUUCUCUUCCUAUUCUCUUUGAAUGUAACAGAGUGCAAAAGCUUAAUCUUUCCCCAUUUUUGAUAAAUUUCUUUCCAGUGGCCGCAGAAAUGGCGGUGAAUGAAUUUAGUAUAUUGUCACUUAUGAUUGUUCCCUAUUUGACUUCGACCGUUUUUCACGCUAACUAGUUUCCAGAGGAAAUUCAUCGAUCAUUUCCCCUUGUUGCCAAACAUCUCUCUAUAUUAUGCGCUUAUGGAUGAAGGAAACAUGGUACCUAUCGUGAUGUUUUCAUUAGUACUCCACUUGAGUACUCACGAUAGAGAUACCUUAACGAUUGAAUUUUGAAAAGUUUAUUCUCUGCCUAGCCUCAUUUUGCUUGUCAGCAAUCCCAAAAUAAAUAUCUUAAUUUUGACCUGCACUUACAAAUAACGUGAGGUGGCGUUUCUUGUCGUAUUGAACAACUUUCGCUCUUCAUAGAGUCGCUGCGGACGUUUGCGGACGUUUUUCCCAGCUAAUGCCCUGUUCAAUCUCUGCAGAAAAGUCACAUCUCUACAUGAAACUCAAAUGACGAUUAAAUUGGUCAUAUGAGUGAGUGGUCAUUGUAAAGCUAGCUGCAAAUUUUUUAUUUAUUGAGACCAAUUGGGGUUACGCAACUCAUGAGACCUGGCUGUUAGGUUUGUGCCGAGUUCACAAAACUGCCUUUAAUUUACGCAUCUUCAAUGCACAUAAUUCAAUGUACUAAUUAAAAAUGGUUUUAGGUGUUCUAACAUAGCAUCCGUUUCUUAGCCUUUGAAUUUUAUUUAUUUUAUGUACGCUAAAUUGAUUCAUAUUAUCGACGAAUAAAUACAUUGCUCUACUGCUGAUGUUGAGCCAUUUCAACGUUUUUUUAAGGUCGAAGAAGCUGUUCGAAAAUUUGAAAUGGGUAAUUGAUGUUCCAUACUGUCAUCAUAGACGUCAUGAUUUAUUAAUAUUGAAAAAAUUGCUAUCAAAUUUAGUAAAUCACAUGUAUACUGAUUGUUAAUGGCGAAUGCAGUGAUUCAUGUGGUUGAACGACUUCGUUAGUCUUAAAUUCUGUGAUUAGCAUUCGUUACUCUGUUUUCCUCAGACAUAGUGCCACGUUUCAACCAGUGUCUUAGUUUCUAUCUUCUAAUUUCUACUUGGUAUUCUCGAUAAUUCCUUCGCAUUGUUCCGCGGUACAUCGCGAUGUUCUCAUUAGUCUCCUCCAUAUGCUUUCUGUUAAAUUUUGUACGUUAAUGUUUUCUAAUUUCGUAGUUAUCGCAAGUACACGUAAGUUUUGGUCGUGAAUUUCGCUGUGGCAUUUAAUUUAUUGAAAGCGUAAUUUUGGGACGCUCCUCGUUUACUUUUAGUAUUUGAUUAUUGAUUAACACUUCUAUUAAUAACGUGUUUAGCAUUCUAGUUCGCGACUGUAUCCGUAUUAUUCGUGGUUUGUAUAGAUUGCGACAUGUCAAGAUGCAAGCCAUCUUGCUUGUGGGACUCACAGCAAAUCAUCAACUACGCGCGCUGGAAGUUAGACAAGGUUUCCAUAGGUAAAGAUAAGAUUCCUACGCGCUUGUGAAAUCAAUUAUAAUUAUCACCUUUAAAUGGUUCUGCUUGGACCGAAUAUUGGCAGGACAAACGACGUCGCCUGCUGCUGCGAACUGAACUGAGGUUAAGACGACGGUUUGUUCUUCUAACUGUUAGUGGUCAAUAUGAAGAAAAUAACGGAGAUAUCACACUGGAUUUUAGUUAGUAAUUAAAACGCCUUCUGAAGUCUCGCGAUCACCAGAAAAGUUACUGUGAACGCAUACACCAUCGUGAAUACUAGAAUGCUUAUGGACGAAGCUUGUUUUUACAACGGAGUUAUCUGCUCUGAAGCUGAAUGACUUAUUCUUUAGGGUAUUUUGCUGCAAAAUGAAUAUAUAACGACUACUCUGUACCGAAAAUGGUUCAUAUUUUAAGCUUUUCUGCCCCCAACUUCAUUCUUCGUUUCAGAAAGUCAUGUAUCCUGAAUCGUACCGUAUUUGCCUCCUAAAGGACGUCAGUCUUUUAAGUAUUAGUCCUUUGUAUUCUGUUUCAUUUUCCAGGGUUGGCUUAUCAAGUUUUGUCCUUGUCUCCUUAUAGUUACUUUCUUUUGAAAUCCCCACGCACUUUUUUUUACUUCACAAAUAUUUCUAAUGUUUAGCAUUGUAAAUAGCGAUCCGUUUUAUACGAGUUUUUUCUACCUGUUGGGUUCGCUGCGCUGUGCUGGAACCAUCAAUCCAGCAACUCCUUCCUUCCUUCACCUGGCGAGCGACCGACUAGACCUUCAACUGCCACAUUUCUUCCCGUACCAACGCUCUUGUUGAUCUCUUCUACGCGGUUCGUUAUUUGAUCUUAGUCGAACAUAUGGUGAACCCUCGGUAACGGCAUUCUAAUACGAUAUGACUGAACCAAGCUGGAUUUCGGUGCCGAUUUUUGUAGUUAAUUUUCAUGCUAGCAUUUAUACAUUAUCAGGAAAUUAUUAGUCAAGGCAUCAUAUUCAAAUUUAUGUAUUUUUUUGGUUGUACUCCAAUGACUUCACAUUUUUAUUAGUAUGUAGGGAAAAUCAGUGCCGUGAAAGCAUUUUUAGACUCCCAUGCAGUUCAACAUUGUUGAUGCGUAUAUCGGUAGCUUUACAUGCAUCUCGUAUUUAGUUCGAGAAUUACGUUCGAAUUAUUUCAGGUUGAUGCCCCUACACAACGGCAGUUUACCUUUACGAAUUAGGUCAGCAUUUGGUUCCUCAAUUCAAGAUCAUUUUGUUCGCUCUAGCGAAUAAGAAAUACGCAUUUUUGCGGCGUAACACUUCCUCCUUACUUUUAAAUACUGAAAACUCUCCGGUUAAAAUAUGAAUACACUCCUAUCGAAUAAAUCGUUCAUUUCUAUUACGGUUUGCUAAAAAUGUCUAAACGUAGUAGGUUAUUUGUUCUUUUUUACGAUAUUGUUGCAACUUUCACGUUCCACCGAAAUUAUAAAAGAAAUUCAUGUUCUAAGUAAUCCUACAUUUCUAUUAUGGUUUGCAAGAAAUGUCUAAAAGCGGUAGAUCAUUUUUUUACGAUAUUGUUGCCACUUUCACUCUCCACCGAAGUUAUAAAAGAAAUUAAUGUUCGAGAGCUGCCUAGUGAACCGUAAAAAUUUCAUUUGGUGACUGAUUAUCUUGGCUGAUGAGGUGACGCCGAACUGUGGCAAGUCAACUGCUCAGCGUCGCUGGUCUCCUGACCUCCUUCCACUUGCAGGGAUCGAUUGCGCAUAAUUUACAGAGUUGAUCAACCUAACCCAGUGUUCAGUUCCAAGUUCCGAGUCUUUUUCUAUAUUUUUGCAAUACUCUUUUUAUUUCUUAGUGUAUAUAACUUGUAUAACAAAUGUAACGCUAGUUCAAGUUUUUUGGAAUUGAUGCUGAGAAUCUUGAUCAUGUUCCUCAGCACAUGACUUUUGAAUAAAAUUUUCAAUAGGCAUU